UAAGGUGUUAUCGAUUAAAGAUUUCUGUGACUUGCAAAUUUUUUCAACUUAUCUACAAAGUUCUUCAGACUUCAAGCCUGAAUAUCUUAGGCAAAAGCUUGUUUUUAGGCAUGAAAUAAACACUCGCAGUACUCGACAGCAUGGUCUACUUCAUUUGCCAAGGGUCCAUCUAGAAAUUGGCAAGAAAGCUUUUAGGUACUUUGGAUCAGAAAUAUACAAUGCUCUGCCCCCUUAGUUACUGUUCGUUUAAAAAUAAUGUCAAAAAGAUUUAUAUAUAAUUUUAUUUAGUUUUAAUUUUUCAAUGAUGAUUAUUUAUCUGUAUGCUGUGACAAGAGUUGCCUUGUAAAUCAGAGUUUGUAACUUUGAAGAACAUUUGCUGAAUAAAGAAGUUAAUUAUUUAUUUAUUUAAAUGUAGACUGAGAAUGUAUUACCACAUUUCUAAGGGAACAUAGGAUCAACUUGGUUCAUUGUAUCAGCUGAUUGGGAUAUUCAAUCCUUAAUGGUGUGCUAAUUGAAGUAACAGUGAUUAUUAAAGAAUGUCAACCAAAAUACAACCAAACUUUCGGGAAAUAUCCACAAAUUCAUGUAAUAUCUUUCAAUUAUCUUAUGAAUAUUAGAACAACUGAGCAUUAGAUAUUGUAACCUUGAAUGUCCAAAUACAGAAAUUUGUCAAGUAGUAUAGGUUAAUGUUUCAAACUAUUGCAACCUUUCAAAAUUCCAAACUAAAAUAGUUUUAAACUCAAACAAUUCCGAAAUAAAAAACAAUCCCAGCUCAAACAAUUCCAAAUUCAAAAACCUCUGAACUCAACAAAUCCAAAAACAAAAAAUUACAUAUGUACUAUUUAAAAUUCAUUCAACUUCUCCCACUAACAAAGAUCAAGUAGCACAUAGAUUCUAAUAGAAGGUGACAAAGUGUAAAUUGUUCUAUUUACAUAACAGUUACAGUAAUCUCAAAGCACAAUGUGGGUUAGUUUCUUCCUGCUUCUGAGCUGUUGUUUAGCUCUUGCCCUAGGAGUGUCUCUCGAAGACCAGUUUGUGAAGCUUUCUCGUCAGAAGAGAUACUUAACCAUCCCCUAUGGAAGUGCUAUUGGCAUCCUUCUUGCCUUUGCCAUCCCUGUUGAUCUUCCCAACCAAGAUGUGCUCCUGUCAUGGAACUUCGAAGGCAAUUACAACUUGCCAGACCAGCUGUACUACUUUGGAACCGCACCAACCGUGCCGGAUUUGAACCAGGAUCCAGACCUGGGUGACCCAGCACGGCGCAGUCUUCGUUCCCUCACAAGGCGACAUACAUAUCAGCUGUUCCAGCAACGGCUAAACAUGUUCGGUUUUGAUGGACAAGCCUGUAUGCUAAGAAUGAUCUGUGAGAUAAGUCAAACAACGUUAGAGCACAACGGACUCAUGGGACAGCUUCUUCAUGUGUUAUUUACGCCAUCCUCGAGUAAAGCAGAAGAUAUUCCUGCAGAGUUCAUUGAUGCUGAGACUAGAGGUACAGCAGGUUCCGAUUGCUACCAACUUUACCCCAGCUGUCCAGAAAGUCUACUAGACAUGUUUACGUCUCACUGAAGGACAGAGAAAAGUUGAAUAAAAUUGUUUUUUUAACCUUUA